AUUAAAUUAUUUUUAUAUUAUUUUUAUAUUUUUAUAUAUAUAAAUAAAUUUACCAUGUCAAAAUCAGCAUAUCCAUCAUUUGCUUCAACUGAAGCUGAUACUACAAAAGGUUUCGUCUUAUCUGUAUCAGGUCCAGUCGUUAUUGCCAAUCAAUUAUCUGGUGCUGCUAUGUACGAGUUAGUUCGUGUUGGUAUUAACAAACUUGUCGGUGAAAUUAUUAGAUUAGAAGAUGAUACUGCCACCAUUCAAGUUUACGAAGAAACCUCUGGUUUAAGUGUUGGUGAUCCAGUUAUUAGAACCCACAAACCAUUAACUGUCGAAUUAGGUCCAGGUAUUAUGAACACAAUUUUUGAUGGUAUUCAACGUCCAUUAAAUGCUAUUGCUCAAGAAAAAGGCAGUAUUUAUAUUCCACGUGGUGUUGAUACUCCAGCUUUAGACAGAAAGAAAUUAUGGCCAUACGAACCAGUUGCUACCCUUAAAGUUGGUGACAAUGUUUCAGGUGGUGAUGUUAUUGGUUUAGUCAGAGAAAAUAAUUUAAUUCUUCAUAAAAUCUUAGUUCCACCAAAGGAAAUGGGUACCAUUGUUUCCAUUAAACCAGCUGGUCAAUAUACUUUAGAAGAAGUUUUACUUACCAUCGAAUUUGAUAAUAAAAAGAAAGAUUUAACUAUGAUUCACUACUGGCCAGUACGUAGUGCUCGUCCAGUCAUUGAAAAACUUCCAUGUGAUUACCCAUUAUUAACUGGUCAACGUGUUUUAGAUGCUCUUUUCCCAUGUGUUCAAGGUGGUACAUGUGCUAUUCCAGGUGCUUUUGGUUGCGGUAAAACUGUAAUUUCACAAUCACUUUCUAAAUUCUCAAAUUCAGAUGCUAUUGUUUACGUCGGUUGUGGUGAACGUGGUAAUGAAAUGGCUGAAGUACUUAUGGAAUUCCCAGAACUCCACACUAAGAUUGGUGACAAAGAAGAACCAAUUAUGCAACGUACUUGUUUAGUCGCUAACACUUCAAACAUGCCAGUAGCUGCUCGUGAAGCUUCUAUUUAUACCGGUAUUACCCUUGCCGAAUAUUUCCGUGAUAUGGGUUACAAUGUUGCUAUGAUGGCUGAUUCAACCUCACGUUGGGCUGAAGCUCUUAGAGAAAUUUCAGGUCGUCUUGCUGAAAUGCCAGCCGAUUCUGGUUAUCCAGCUUAUUUAGGUGCUCGUUUAGCUUCUUUCUACGAACGUGCCGGUAAAGUUUCAUGUAUUGGUCAUCCAUCACGUAUCGGUUCAGUUACCAUUGUAGGUGCUGUAUCCCCACCAGGUGGUGAUUUCUCUGAUCCAGUCACUUCAUCAACUCUUUCUAUUGUACAAGUUUUCUGGGGUUUAGAUAAGAAAUUAGCCCAACGUAAACAUUUCCCAUCUAUCAAUUGGUUAAUCUCCUUCAGUAAAUAUAUGGGUGCUUUAGAUCCACAUUAUGACACUAUGGACGCUGAAUUUGUUCCACUCCGUACUAAAGCCAAAGAAAUUCUCCAACUUGAAGAAGAUCUUUCAGAAAUUGUACAACUUGUCGGUAAAGAUUCAUUAGGUGAAUCUGAAAAAAUUACUCUUGAAGUUGCUCGUAUUCUUCGUGAUGAUUUCCUUCAACAAAAUGGUUUCACCAAAUAUGAUAAAUUCUGUCCAUUCUACAAGACCACAUGGCUUCUUAAGAAUAUGAUUACUUUCAACAAUUUAGCUCAAAAGGCUGUUGAAUCAUCCUCAGCCGAUAACAAGAUAACUUGGAAUCAAAUUAGAAAUGAAAUGAAAGAUAUUCUUUAUAAAAUUACUUCAAUGAAAUUCGCCGAUCCAGCUGAUGGUGAAGCUGCUAUUACCGCCACUUUCUCUGCCCUCAAUGAAGAAAUGGUCACCGCUUUCCGUAAUUUACUUGAUAACAAUUAAACUGCUUUUUUUUAAAAAUAAAAUAUAUAACAAAACAAAAUAAAAUAAAAUUAAAUAAAAAAAAACUUAAAAUAUAAU